UUCGUUGCUGCUGCUUCCCGUCUGACUGUCGCCACUUACAAUAGCAAAGAAAUUUUCAGCUUGCCCUGCGACUAAUUUUGAUGGAAAAAUUUCAUGAGUGGCGUUUCCCGCCCUAGAAUCAGCUCAAGGGGUUCUGAAUAAUUUAGUAUAUAUAAUCAGAAGAUAACCAGACCUACUUGUGGAUUAUAUCAGGCUGGUUCAACCAUGACGUCACCACUAUCCAGUAUAUUCUCAUUCACAAGUCCAGCUGUCAAGCGUCUCCUUGGAUGGAAACAGGGCGAUGAAGAGGAAAAAUGGGCAGAAAAAGCAGUAGACUCUCUUGUUAAGAAAUUGAAGAAAAAGAAAGGUGCUCUUGAGGACUUGGAAAAGGCCUUGAGCUGCCCUGGACAGGCCAGCAAAUGUGUAACUAUCCCUAGAUCUUUGGAUGGUCGACUACAAGUCUCCCAUCGCAAGGGCCUCCCUCAUGUUAUAUACUGCCGUGUGUGGCGAUGGCCUGACCUUCAGAGCCACCAUGAACUGAAGCCACUAGAAAUCUGUGAAUAUCCGUUUAGUGCCAAACAGAAGGAAGUCUGUAUCAACCCGUACCAUUACAAGAGGGUGGAAAGCCCAGUAUUGCCACCUGUUUUGGUACCCCGCUACAGUGAAUUUCCUGCCCAUGGGGCCCUUGCCCCGUUCCAGCAGGUGUCUGAGCCAUCGAUGCCCCACAAUGUUACCUACCCCUUCCAACAGCAGCCACAGUCACCGCCAAGCUCUGGCCCAGGAAGUCCUUUUGGAUUGCCAGCUGACACGCCCCCACCGGCCUACCAGCCCUCUGAUGACAGCAACCAGAACAACAUGGGGCUGAACCAAGGCAACAACCCAUCUUCUGGACAUCAACCCAUGGACACCAGCAUGGGAAACCCAGACCACGCCCACCUUCAUCUUCAGCCACGCCCAUGUGCUCGACCCUCCAACCAACCACCAUUGAUAAGAAACGAUCAUGGUAUAGAUCUGCAGCCAGUGACCUACCAAGAGCCGCAGUACUGGUGUUCCAUCGUGUAUUAUGAGCUGAACAACAGAGUGGGGGAAGCAUUCCAUGCCUCACGCUCUAGCAUCGUCGUGGACGGCUUCACAGACCCCUCCAACAAUGCCGACAGAUUCUGCCUGGGACUCCUCUCCAACGUCAACAGAAACUCCACUAUUGAGAACACUCGUAGACACAUUGGCAAAGGUGUGCACCUGUACUAUGUUGGUGGUGAGGUGUUUGCGGAAUGUCUGAGCGAUAGCAGCAUAUUUGUUCAAAGCAGGAACUGUAAUUAUCACCAUGGCUUCCACCCAACAACUGUCUGCAAGAUCCCACCUGGCUGUAGUUUGAAGAUCUUCAAUAACCAGGAGUUUGCAGCACUUCUGAGUCAAUCCGUCAACCACGGAUUUGAGGCCGUGUACGAGUUGACCAAGAUGUGCACCAUCAGGAUGAGCUUUGUAAAGGGUUGGGGUGCCGAGUAUCAUCGUCAGGACGUCACCAGCACCCCAUGUUGGAUCGAAAUUCACUUAAAUGGUCCCCUACAGUGGCUGGACAAGGUCCUCACUCAAAUGGGGUCCCCACAUGCCCCAAUAUCAUCAGUGUCAUGAUGUGGCUGGACUCACUUGAUGAAUGGUCAGAACUGUGACCUUGGCAACAUUGUUUACGUCUCAUUGCAUUUGUAGAGCAUAUGCAUUCCAUCCUGGUUUUUGCCCGCUUGACUACAACAAAGAAGUGAGCAUUUGCAUCAAGGCUGAUGACUCAGCCAAAACAUUGACAGAUAUUUUUCAGCCAAACGAAACCCUUCAUCCUCAUAAGAGCAAUCAAAUUGCAAGAAAUUCAUUUGUAGGAUCCCCGUAGCAUCUGUCGAUGGUUAGCGCUGGACUGGUGGCUAUGUCCUUCCAUGAGGUCAACCUGGAGGAGAACCAUUAUUCUAGAAACUAUAUGUCAAAGGGUACUUCUUGUUGUAACUGAACAUUGUCGGUAUAGGAUUCAGUGAUUGAAGUGCUUUUCUUCAGUUUUUUUGUAGGAAAAAACUGUCUGUUGUGCAAGUCAAACAGUGUUAUGUGUUCUUUCAUAAUGUUGACUAAACAAACAAUAUUGUGCUGUAUCCACCUCUAUCUGCUAUGGAAGAUGAUGAUGGUGAUAUAGAAUAUUGUGCUAUAUCAUCCUCUGUCUGCUAUGGAUGAUGAUGGUGAUAUAGAAUAUUAUGCUAUAUCUAUCUCCCUGUCUGCUAUGGGUGAAGAUGGUGACAUAGAAUAUUGUGCUAUAUCAUUCUCUGUCUGCUAUGGAUGAUGAUGGUGAUAUGGAAUAUUGUGCUAUAUUCGUCCUUAGUCUGCUAUGGAUGAUGAAUGGUGAUAUGGAAUAUUGUAUCUCCCUCUGUCUGUUAUUGAUGAUCGAAAAUAUGUUGAAAUGAAGACCUUAAUCCUUAUCUCAAUGGGAGCCUUGAGGCCAUAUUGUAGAUACAGAAGGCAUUGUUUUGAAAUGAAUAAUUGGUUGUGUUGUUGGUCUUUUGGAUUGAGCAAAAACACUAAACCUGAAAGGUUACAUCAUAUCUGGUAAAACCAGAAAUAAUUUGAUAUAUUGUUAGUUUUCUAGAUUUGACUCUAUUGAUAUCUUAGCAUGCACGUGGUGCAUGUGUCAUCUUUUAUGAUACUGUAUUUGGAAGAAUUGUAAUAAAACGGAUAAUACUUAAAGAGAGCAAUAUUGUCUAAUGUAGUGAGCGAGUGUUUUAGAGGAGUUAACUCCCUUGCAUGAACAUAAUGAUUGUAAUGAAUUCAAAUUGUCUAUUAAGUUCUUAUUGGUAAAUUUAUUCUAGAUUAUAUUGUGCUGUUGUACAUUUCUUGAGUCAAAGUGCCAAUAUAUUUCAUACGUAUGAACCUGUCUUAAUAACACUGCAUUCAAUUUUAAAAUCAAAAUUUUAUUUUUGUUUAAUAUUUAUUAGAAAAUUAUUACUAUUGAUAGUGAUUGUUAAUUUGCUGUUGAAGUCUGUAGAACCAUUAUGAACUAUGUCUUUGCAUUUUCAAGGCCAGUAGUUUUUGUUUCUGAAGGUCAUCAUUAGUGGAGUCUUCCAUUGAACAAUGUUGGUUUGGAAAUAUCUUGUAAGGCAAGUCAUUAAUACUAUUGGUUUUUCAGGCUUUUUGCAUAAAUAAUGUAAGCUUUGAUACCCUCGUAGCAAGUACUUUCAAACUAAAAACAAACUCCUAUAAAAUGGCAAUCUGCCAGUUACCAUAAAAAAUUGCAGGAGAACCAGUUGCAUCAAAUGUGCAGAUUAUCUCUCAAACUAACUUCAUGAAUUUUAGUUAUUUUGAACAAUCAUGUUUGACAAUAAUAUAGUAUCACUGUUUCUUUUAUCCCAAUAAUGUUCAAGAAUGUUUGAAAUCCUCAAGAAUUUAUCCAGUUUAUGGUUGAAAUUCAACUUUCAAUUUCUGAAACUAGUGUCUGACAAUUAUCUGUGGCCAAAUAGAUUUACCUUUCGUUGUUUGCUGCAAAACCAAAAUAUGAUGUUUAUUCAGUGUUUGUGUUAAGAAUAUUUAAUUGGCAAUAAUGAUUAUUAUUCUAUUUGAAGUUAUUAUCAUGAUUAUCCGUCUUCCAUGUCACAAAAUUGUUCAUAUAAGUUUAUCUUUUCAACUCAUUGAAGAUUUGUCUUGUAUGUUACCAUGGUUACUAGUGUCCUGUUUGCAUACAAAAGUGCUGAUUUAUUUUUCUGUUGAUUAUAUGCAUAACAAAAGGCUAUCAUGAGCAUGAUAAAACAAUGAAAAUUUAUGGCUAUAAGCUACAAAAGCUGUUUAUCAUUGUAUCAUUACAACAAUGUGUUUUGUCCAGCAUCUGUGUAUUUUCAUUAAAUAUGAAAGUUUUAGUACAAAACUUUAAAAAAAUACAGAAAAAUGUUGCCUUUUAUGAACAACUUGCUUUAUUUUGUUGCAAUCUCAAGUCUUGUUUUGAGGCUUUGCUUCUAUUUUGAACAUCUGUACAUAUUUUGUAUAUAUCUAUAUAUAUAUUACCAAAGUGUUUAAGUGCAUAGGACAUAAUAUUUUUUGUGAGCAUCAGAGGCUGUGGAACCUGUGGAGUGGUUAUUGAUUGGUGACAUGCCGUUUCUCAAUCUUAUGUCCUGUCUUCUGUUCCCAUAUUAUAGCAGUGUUAUUUCCUCACCAGAUACUAAGAUAAUAAUGCAGUUUCCAAUUAGACCCAAAAUAUUUUCAUGUUCUUUGUUUUUUCGGGUUUUUUUUAGAAUAUAUAUCGAAAAAAAUACUGUGCAUAGUCGGCAUUAAAUUUUAUUUCUUUAACUCACUUUUAUGCCAAAAUAUUUUAUUCAAAACCUGUAUCAGUCUUAUCAGGUUAAUUGUAUUGUGCUGAAGAUCUUACAGAUAUCCCUUCAAAUGACACAAAAUGGUCCCAUCUGAAUGCAAUAGACUGCAAGAGAUGCACAUUCAGGUCGUUGUGUCCCAAGUGUCACAUGCACACUGACUUAAACUGCUUACCAAGUUAUAUUUGAGGUUUCAGUGUUGCUAGAUGUUUGCACUAUUUAACUUUGUUAUGUCCAGUGCGGACUCAACAUGGUUUUAUAAGCUAGAUUUGGGAGUGUUUGGGGAAGGGCAUGCUAUAAUAUUAUGGGAAGUUUGACCUCUGUUAGUGUUCAUUACACCUCAAGUAGUUCAAUUACAUCACAUUCAGUUUCACUUACUAGGUUGGAACUUUCAUUGGCUACUUUCUUCGCAAAGCAACCAGUAUUUUUACGGGAUACAUGGGUUCAUGUAGAUAUACAACAAUCCAUCUUGAUCCCACAUAUCCUGAUUAGCUGCAAGCCUUUAUUGUCAUUUGUCACAGUGAAUUUGAAAUAGCAUUUGAUGAAUAAAUAUACUACUAAAAAGGGUUAAGAAUUAUGAUUCUUUCACAUUACUAUAGUUAAUCUAUUAUGGGAUGACAUAUUAACAAUAGUAAUAUGAAAGAAUCGGGUGAUCCUUAAUUUCAUUUGGUAGUAUAGGUCAAUAUUCAUUACAUAAAUAACAUAAUGGGUUGCAUUUCUGGCAUAUAUACUGUAAAACAGGAAAUUAAUGCGAGCAGAAUAUUAAUGCGAAAAGUGCGAGUGACAGAAUAUUAAUUUUAUGCGCCUUAAUUUUUCAAAUAACAAAGUCACCUACACAAAGUGAAGUUGAGUAGUGGUCAGUUACAUUAAUUAAAAUAACACAGAACAUAAAUCCAGCGCAUAAAUUUUUAGGAAAGGGUAUGGGCACUCGCAUUUUUGAAAUGCGCAUUUAUGUCUAAAAUCAAGAGCUCGCAUUAUUUUCAUGUCGCAUUAAAUUCCUGUUUUACAGUAGUAUAUUUAGGUCUGGUUUCUGAUUCUGUAGGAACUGAAGACUUAACACUUUCUACUUUUUUAUUUUCUGAGUGUCAAUGAACUUGAAAUCACUGACCAGCAUUUAUGUGUUAUGUUGCCUUUAACAUAUCUUGCCAAAUCUACUUAAUGACAUUUUCAUGCUCUUAAAACAUAAACAUGUCAACUGUUGAAAGAAGGUUAUACCAUUGUCAUACAUAUUGCUAUGUUGCUCUGAACAUUUAUCUAACAAAUUAUGAUACACUGGAUUGUCUCGACUACAUUUUCACUGCCAAGAUUUAAGUCAAGUUAGUGUGAUUUUAUCAGACACAACUCUUGUGUGUGUAUCACCAUAAUUGAAUAAUUUCUGAUUACCAGUAAGUGUUUUUAAAGGAUAUGGCAUAGUUUGAAUUGUGCAUGUUAAACGGGGAUUUUAUGUUUAGACAGGGUCAGCACUUCACUGCUAAAAUCAAAUUAAUGACAUUGUUUUACGAUGUCAGAGUAGUGCCAUGUUUUUGCAGCACAGAUUUUGGUCAAGGCACCAAAUAUGUUUUGUAAUUUGACAGGCUGCUGUGCAACUUAUAAAAAUAUAGAGAGUCGAUAUAUCAGGGUUUGUAAGGGUCAUCAAAUCCUAGAAAGGUCUUGGAAUUUUAGUUUGAGUUUACCAGGCCUGGAAUAGUUUGAAAAUAGGAAAUUCUUGUAAAGUCAUGAAAAAAAAGAAGUUUUAUACCAGUAAUUGUUUUCUGUUCAUACACCAGUGACAGGAAUAUAAAUAAAACUUAACAUUGGCAAUUCCAUGUUAUACUGAGUUAGCACCUCCAAAAGUUUGUUAUUUUGUUGUGAUGUUAACAUAUGCUUUGGAAAGGUCAUGGAAAGGUCAUGGAAAUUUGUCAGACAAAUGUAUGGACCUUGUUACAGAUUCUGCGAACAUUAUUAAGUGAUUGUUGUGGUUAUUAUCCUUCAUAUUAGUAGGUUUGCCAAGUUGACAUGGACACAUUGUUCUUAUUUUAUUCAGUGAUUUUCAUAAAUACAAGAUCCCCCAAAAUUGUUCACAGUAUUAAGGCUAAUUCAAAACUAUGUUUUAUAUACUAAAUGAUUGAAACAUGAAUCUUUAACUGUUUAAUGGGUGCGUGCUCCAAGAAAAUGUAAUACAUCCACAAGGUGCACAGGAAAUUUAUGUUUGUGAAGUUACAACAGUAUUUGUGCCUUGAUCUGUGUUUGUGUGCAGCAUGGGACUCAUCGUUGUGUAUGGUUAAUGUGGAUAUUAAAUGUCAAAUUGGCACUAGUCAUCUGUGGCCAAGUCUGUCUUUCAUACAGAUCAUACAUAAACCAUGUGUUGAAAUAUGAAGUAAUUUUCUGUUCAUGUGAAAGCUGAACAUAAGUUUGUUUGAUAAGGGAGAAUGUAUUUAAUUUAAAAAAGCCAAUGGCAGUUUACAGGCAUGUUUAGCAUUGUGUGUGUGUGUGUGCGUGCGCGUUUAACAGAACUGUCACUAUGGAAAUUAUGAACUUCUUUUCUAGGUAACCCUUGCAUUGAAACCUUUGGCAUUCAAAGAAAUUUACUUUGAGAAAAGGUUUCAGAAUAUGUUCAAAAUACAGUUUAGUCACUUUGGACUGUUACAAUGUAUUUAUUGAGGCAGUAAGAGUUGCCUCCCCUUGCUGUAUCUCCUGUCUGUCCUCCCUGUGCUAUAUUGUCUUUGUCAUGUCCUCUCCCUCCUAAAAUGGCAGUUCCUACAAUGAGAUUCAUUGUUUGAGAAUACAUAUUCAUGUUUGGAGUUGAUGGGUUUAGGCAGAACAUGGUUAUGUAUUAUCAAAUAUAGUCUUGUGUACUGUGUAUUGCAGUAAUUCUAUGGUUAUGUCCUAUCUGGUAUUAGUCACAAGUUAGACAUAGGUUUUCUACAAAUUGUAUUUUGUCCUUUAUUUGAUAAUAAAAAUGUAGAGCUCA